AUGAAAAGCAAAAUCAAAAAAUAACCUCUUUAAUAUGCCAUCAAAUUGACAAACUUAGAUUAACCCUUUGAUUGCAAAAAUCUCAAAGUUCUCAAUCUUCAGGGAAUAAAAUUAUCAUAAUUUGAUGUAAAAGUGGAAAAUCUAUCAACUCUUAUUUUAGAUUUUAACAACCUUAGACAUUUGAACAUUGUCUCACAAUUUCCUAAUCUAAUCACACUAUCAAUUGCUAAUAAUUUCAUUGAUGAAUUCCAUGUCCCUCCAAGUAUUGUACCUAAUAUUAUCAAGCUCUUAGGAUUUUAAAUAUAUCGAAUAAUCUCCUAAAGACUAUUCAUUUAAAAUAAUUGGAGCAACUAGAUGCUAGUUCCAAUCAAUUAUAAUUCCUUUAAUAAGAUACUUAAAACAAUCUCAUACAACUAAAGUUAGAUUGGCUGCAAAUAAUAAAUUAAAAUGAUUUCUGGGAGCAUUUAACAAUAAAGCAAUUUACUAAUUAAUCAUAAAUUACAUUUAGAUAGUUUUUGGACAAAGCCAUUGAAUAAUUGCUACAAUGUGGAUUCAAAAAAGAAGAUAAUUAUUACAAUUAAAGAAUUGUACACACAUGUAUUUUGAAAAAUGAUAAGUAUUAUUUUGAUUUAAUCCUACCCUAUUAUCAAGAAAAUCGUCAUAAAUUUGAUAAUUCUGAAACUCCUUUAUGUUUAGCAAUAAAAAAGCUCAAAAUGAAUUUUAUCGGAGAUCUUAUGAAUAGCACUCAUAUCAAAUAUGAAAUUGAUGCAUUUCAUGAAUCAAUAAAAUAAGGACAAAUUUCGUUAGUUAAGUAAUUUCUGGAGUUGGGGAUUGAUAGCAAUGGGUAUAAUAAAAAAGGGUUGACUCCCUUAACUAAUGCUGUAUUGAAUAUUACUUAAGUAAAUAUGGAAAUGAUAAUCCAUUUACUUCUUUAAAGUUAAGCUAACCCAAACAAAUUGAAUUAAAAUGGGUAAUCCUUAAUUCAAAUGUGUAUCAUUAAAUCAAAUUUGACUGCACUUAGAUUUAUUGCCAACUUGAAUAAAAUCAAGUAAACAAUCUUAAAAUUCAAAAUGAACAUCAAAAAUAUUAAUGGAGAUUAUCCUCUGCAUUUAGCUGUGAAUAGCAUUAGCAUCCUUAAUUUUUUAAUCAGAAACCAAAUUGGUAAUCCAUUAUAAAUUAAUUAUUACAAUCUAACAGCUAAAUAGAUGCCAUACUCUUAAUAUAGAACCCUAAUUUAUAAGUUAUUGCAAAAAGAAGAAAGAAUUCAGAUCUCAAAAUAAUUAACCAAAAAUACUCUGAGAUAUUAAAAUAUUAAUAAAGGUUAAGCCACAUAAAAAGAUUAUAACAGUGGCAGUUCUUGUCCUGAACUAUCUGAUGAUGAAAUGCCCAAUAAACCUAAAAUUAAUAAAAAGUAUAUUGCUGAACAUUUCGAUUUGAGUGAAGAUGUAAGAUAGCUAUCUGAAGAUGAUGAGUGCUAACAUAAUUAUAGUUCAGAAUCAGAAAUAGAAUAUCCAAAAGAUAAUUUAUAGUCUCUCAAAUUAGAACAAAUAAGUUAUUAAAAUAAUCAACUUUUUAAAAAAAAGUAGGAUGUACGACAAAAAAGUAUCUUAAUCAAUAAAUUCAGUAAGAAAAGACUAAAUACCAUUUAAUUUAAUUAUUACUCAAGGGAGGGAUAAAAUUUCAAGGAUAAAAUAAAAUCUUUAGUUGUUUUAAGAUAAGAACUUAAUCUUCUGGGAUAUAUGAGGCAAUACUCAGAUUUAAUUUGUUCUGACUUUACUUCAUAUAUCAAUAAACUAAAUCAAACUAUAUUCAAUAUAGAAUCGGACUUUCAAAACGAUUCUCUAAAAGAUUAUAUGAAUUUUUAAUAAGUUUAAUUUUUAUUAUGAGUUACUUUAGUGAUAUCAAUAUUAAUUAUUUAAUGUAGAGUAUUUAAGUCUCACUUGCUGAUAAAUAUCCUGAUAGAGUGUAUGAUUAUAGUACAUAAACAUUAGUCCAAUUUUGCUUGAAAUUACAGAUAAAUCUAAAAUUCGGUUUUCAGAUGGAUCAUAAUGCAAAAAAUAUUUGGUUAGCAAAUCAGAUCACUUUUAUCACUUUUUUUAAAUACUCAGAAACUCUUUAAAAUUGUCAAAAAAAGAAGCCAUAUAUUUGUUUGUCAAUAAUUCUGGAUUGAUUAAACCUGGUACUUAAAAUUUCUUAAUUAGAAAGUCAAGUUGGAGAAAUCUAUUCUAAACAUCGAAGUAGUGAUGGUUUUUUAAGAAUUAUUUUAAGCGAAUAUGCUACUUUUGGAUGA